CGCGACCUUCCCAGCGGCCGAGAGGGCCUUGUCCUGUUCGCUCUCAGAGAGGACGGGGUGAUCCGCCGCCCUGCGCGCCCCGAAAGCGACCCGCCGGCUCUGCCCCUCUGGAGUCCGGCUGCGGAUCUCCAAGCCGCUGAUGGAGAAGAAGCGCCGAGCGCGCAUCAACGUGUCAUUGGAGCAGCUCAAGUCUCUGCUGGAGAAACACUAUUCGCACCAGAUCCGGAAGCGCAAACUGGAAAAGGCAGACAUCCUGGAGCUGAGCGUGAAGUACAUGAAGAGCCUUCAGAGCUCGCUGCAAGGGCUCUGGCCCGCGCCCAGCGGAGCCGAAUACCCGUCCGGUUUCCGCGGCUGCCUGCCCGGCGUGAGCCCGUUGCUGCGGAGCGCAGAGGAGGGCGGCGGCGGCCCGCGCUGCUCCCUGGCGCCCGAGAGCGCGGGGAGCAGCACCAUGGACAGCGUCCACCUCGGGCGGGGCGCCCAGGCACCGCGCCGCCCCUGCAUCCCUGCAGCCUGGGCUCCCACUCCGGCAUCCAGCCACUCACGCUCCCCGUCACCAGGGCUCCUGCUCCCCGGGGAUCUCCCUGGCUCCACCAGCGUCCCUGCGCCGCAGCCAGCGCCGCGCCGCCGAGCCGAGAGCCCGGGCCCUGGCCUGCGGGUGUGGCGCCCCUGGUAAGUUCCAGGCGAGCCUCGCAUUCCAGGGACCCCCGGACUGGUUGGGGAUGCAGAGACUACUUCGGACGCAUCUAUGGUGACCGCGGGGAGCUCUCGGUCUCCAGUUCCAGGUCUGGGGCGGGGGCAGC